AUGCCUAUCGCACUUUCCAUAUUUCUUGACGCGUCACCUUCGACCUUCUGCUCGCAAUCCACCGAGCGCACCAACUGCGUGCGCGCCUCCGCCGAGCCAUCGGAGGUCUCUCUAUCCCUCUGCCACAAGAGUGACAACAGAUGCCUUCGCCUUCGCUCAUCCCGAUUUCUCACAUCUCUCGCACACUUCUGCAGCGCCUCAACUUACAGGAAGGGCAUGGGCUCCCCUGGCUGCUCCAUAUUGGCCCGGUGGUGCCAGUUCUCCGCUUUUGCUUUCACUUGCUGCUCUUUCACUCAGAUGGCGACGCGUUUCUUGUUGUCUGUGCGUCCUGACUAUACUUGGUUUACCAAGUAGAAACGUCCAUCAUCAUGUUGUUGAUUUUUUCAUACUGUUCCGCCACUGCAUUCCUGCAGGACGGAUUUCCGUGUGUCUUGCAUCUGUCACGCUCGUGAAAUAUGUAGAAAUCGCACGAGAUCAAAGAUGAAGACGAAUAUGUAGCUCGUGAAUGAUAUGACUUAGCCGCGCACUGCGGUGAAUUUCUGGCUAGUUGUCUAUCUCUCAAGAGCAAAAAGAAUGAAAAUUUGACAUCUUUCAACUAUAUGAAGAUCAAUCUCUACAGAAGUAUAUAAGAAUAUCAAUGCGAGUCGCUCAUCUCUCUGUGAUUAUAAUUAAAUAAUGAUAGUUUAUGCGUAGAAAGAAGGUGGGAAGAUGUGAAGCUGUUCAUUUGCCAAGCAGGAAAUAACUAAAACAACUGAAACAAGUGAUGAAGUCAAUGCAUUGAAGAUCCACGAGGUUGCUAACAUCUGGCAGCCAACACCUGAAGAGCAUGACUCUGAUAUAAUAAAUUUUUAUCAAUAGUAUUCAUGUAGAGGGUUUUGCAAUCUUCUAGAUAUUUCAAAUAUAAAUAUUUUAUUUCUUUUCACAUGUAGGUCUUGUUUUCUCUCACUCGUUAUGUGUCAUGUGUGCCAGCUCGUUCCGCUCGCCGCUUUUUCCGUCAUUUUGCUCCUGACCUACUGGCCCAGGUCGAUGUUGACGGAUGCCAUCUGUAGCGGCUGCUGUGGUCCAUUCGCUGCAUUGUUCGCAGGGUUGUUUCCGUUCGGGAACGCUCGUUUGAUACUGGCAUAGAUAGCGUUUCUCGGGCAGGGGCAAAGGAAGUCCCAGGUCUCGUCCAGAUCGUUGAAAGCUGCAAUAGCACUGUUGUAGUCAUCUGAAGAGAAGGGUGUGGAAAAUUGGUGAGACCUAU